UGAGACAACAAAACCUGUACAUGCCAAAAACCCAUUAAACCCAAAACCUCCAAUCUUCUAAAAAUUAUAUUAAAAAAAAAAAAAAAAUGAUGCUCCACAGUUACAGUUACAAGUACAGUUACAGUUCCAGAGAAGAAAGUCUCCACCACAGCUCAAUGCAAAGCCAUGUCUUCUCUCAAAGUAAGCUUCCAACCCCUGACUCUCUUUUCAAAACUAGGGCUUUUCUAAGGUUUAGUCUGCACAACCUUAACUCUGCUAAAACACAACACUACCCUUUUCAACAUGCUUCACCUUCUCCCCAACCCCUUGAUAUUUCAGUAAGCUCACACCUCCAGAAGCACAAUCUAAAGGGACCUGGGGUUUUUAUAGGGUUUAAGCUUCAGUGCCAUUCUAGAACAGUAGCUUUGCCCACAAAGAAUUCUUCAAUUAAUGGUAGGAAGAAGAGGUAUGGAGGUGUUUUGCCUUCCAUUUUAAGGUCUUUGGAGUCACAGGUUGAUGUUGAGAAGACCCUUAAUUCGUUUUGUGGGAAUUUGAGUCCAAAAGAGCAGACUGUGAUUCUCAAAGAACAGAGUAGUUGGGAAAGAGUUACUAGGGUUUUUGAGUGGUUUAAGUCGCAGAAGGGCUAUGUGCCCAAUGUAAUUCACUAUAAUGUUGUGCUUCGUGCAUUGGGUAGAGCUCAGAAAUGGGAUGAGUUGAGGCUUUGUUGGGUUGAAAUGGCGAAAAACGGUGUUUUGCCAACGAAUAAUACGUAUGGGAUGCUUGUCGAUGUGUAUGCAAAAGCUGGGCUCAUGAAAGAAUCACUUUUGUGGAUUAAACACAUGAAGCAAAGGGGGGUUUUUCCAGAUGAGGUUACGAUGAAUACAGUUGUUCGGGUGUUAAAGGAUGCAGGGGAGUUUGAUAGGGCAGACAGGUUUUAUAAAGAUUGGUGUGUUGGGCGAGUUGAAUUGGAUGAUCUUCAUUUGGAUUCUAUUGCUGAUUCUGUAAAUGCGACUAACUCAGCACCUAUUAGUUUCAAGCAUUUUUUGUCAACUGAGCUUUUCAAGACGGGUGGGAGAGUUUUUAAUCCAAAAGUUAUGAAAGCAGCGGAUGUGGAGAUUUCUGUUCGGAAGCCAAGGCUUACAUCUACAUAUAACACUCUAAUUGAUUUGUAUGGGAAGGCCGGGCGACUUAAUGAUGCAGCUGAGGUGUUUGCUGAAAUGUUGAAGUCUGGGGUGGCAAUGGAUACAAUUACUUUUAAUACUAUGAUCUUUACUUGUGGAAGCAAUGGGAAUAUGUCAGAGGCAGAAUUGUUGCUUACUAAGAUGGAAGAAAGGGGUAUAUCUCCUGAUACAAAAACUUUUAACAUCUUUCUAUCUUUGUAUGCUGAUGCGGGGAACAUUGAUGCCGCUCUCAAGUGUUACUGGAAGAUUAGGGAGGCGGGUCUUUUCCCUGAUAGUGUAACUCAUAGAGCUGUGCUUCAUAUACUCUGUGAGAGAAAUAUGUUUCAUGAUGUGGAGGCUGUGCUUUUGGAAAUGGAGAGAUAUGGCUUGCAUGUUGAUGAGCACUCUCUUCCUGGUAUUAUUAAGAUGUAUAUUGAUGAAGGAUUGCUUCAUCAGGCAAAAUCCUUUUUCGAAAAGAGUCAAUCUAGUGGUAGGUUGUCAUCAAAGACACGUGCAGCAAUUAUAGAUGCUUAUGCUGAAAAGGGACUGUGGGCUGAAGCUGAGACCGUGUUCUUUGGGAUGAGAGAUUUGGUUGGACAGAAGAAGGGUGUUUUGGAGUACAAUGUUAUGAUCAAAGCUUAUGGAAAGGCAAAGCUUUAUGAUAAUGCGUUCUCUCUCUUCAAGGGCAUGAGAAACUGUGGGUCUUGGCCUGAUGAAUGUACUUAUAAUUCUCUCAUUCAAAUGUUUGCUGGAGGUGAUUUAGUGGAACAAGCUAAGGACCUCUUAGCUGAAAUGCUGGUAAUGGGUUUUAAGCCCCAUUGUCUGACCUUCUCUGCUGUUAUUGCAUGCUAUGCCCGUCUUGGCCAGCUUUCUGAUGCUGUUGGUGUCUACCAAGAAAUGGUGCAAGUAGGAGUUACACCAAAUGAAGUAGUGUAUGGGUCUUUGAUCAAUGGAUUUGCAGAAUCUGGCAGAGUUGAAGAUGCUCUUCAAUGCUUCCGCCGGAUGGAAGAAUCUGGGAUUUUGGCAAAUCAAAUUGUGUUGACAUCCCUGAUUAAGGUUUAUAGUAAGCUGGGGAGCUUGGAAGGAGCAAAAGCACUUUAUGAGAGGAUGAAAAAUUUAGAGGGUGGUCUGGAUAUUGUUGCAUCAAACAGCAUGAUUAAUCUCUAUGCAGAUCUGGGGAUGGUAUCUGAAGCUAAAUUGGUUUUUGAAGAUUUGAGAGAAAAGGGUUGGGCUGAUGGGGUUUCAUUUGCAACAAUGAUGUACCUUUACAAGAACAUGGGCAUGCUUGAUGAAGCCAUUGAUGUUGCAGAGGAGAUGAAACAGUCAGGUUUACUAAGGGACUGUGCUUCAUAUAAUAAGGUAAUGGCUUGUUAUGCCACCAAUGGGCAGUUACGUGAGUGUGGUGAAUUGUUGCAUGCGAUGGUGACUCGGAAGCUCUUGCCUGAUAGUGGGACCUUUAAAGUAUUAUUCACUGUAUUGAAGAAGGGAGGUUUUCCUAUUGAAGCAGUAACACAGCUACAGUCAUCUUACCAGGAAGGGAAACCUUAUGCUCGACAAGCUGUAAUCACCUCUGUUUUCUCUGUAGUGGGUAUGCAUGCUUUUGCAAUUGAGUCCUGUGAAACCUUUGCAAAAGCUGAUGUGGUUCUUGAUUCUUCUGCCUACAAUGUUGCUAUAUAUGCUUAUGGGGUAUCUGGGGAAAUUGACAAGGCUUUGAACACAUUCAUGAAAAUGCAGGAUGAGGACCUGGAAGCAGACCUUGUAACAUAUAUUAACUUGGUAGUUUGUUAUGGAAAAGCUGGUAUGGUUGAGGGUGUGAAGCGGAUUUACAGCCAACUAAAAUUUGGAGAGAUAGAGCCCAAUGAAUCCUUGUUCAAGGCUAUUAUUGAUGCGUAUAAAAAUGCCAACAGAAAUGACCUUGCUAAAUUGGUUACCCAAGAGAUGAGAUUCGCUUUUGACUCUCAACUGCCAUCUAAUUCUGUAACUGAAGAUGAGUCUGAUGACUUGCAACAAUUAUCUGAUUCUGAAACCUUCAAUGAGUAUGAUGCAGUUUCUUCACGUCUCUAGGAUUUAUUGUAUGUUCAAAGUGUGAGGCUCCCUUUAGUGUACACUGUAUAGAAGUAGCAUUUUUGCAAGCUUUGAAGAUAGUGUAUUUAUGAAUGAUACAUAGUUCAUUAUCAGAAAAGAAAAAAAUUGUACAAUAGUGGAUUGAUGGAAGAUUCUAAUAAACAAGUUUAGGUUUUUCAUCAAGAGACGUAAAUCUGAGGCAAGUACAUGUAUAAUAUGAGAAUGUUUUUAAUA